AUGAGAAAGAUCCACAGCCAUAAGCUAGGGAAAAACACCUACCUGAGCAAAGAAAUGAGAGAGAGAUUUGGCUGCUUCAUUUCUCCUUUAAAAGGAUCACCUGGCUUGAGCCAUCAUCGGAAAUGUACAUUCGGCUCAAUAGGAAUACACACCUACAGUGAUCUGCCAACAGUAUCCAGGAAAAACUGCAGAGACAAUCUAAUGGAUGAAGAUGAGAAAGACAGGGCAAAGAGAGCUUCUCGAAACAAGUCUGAGAAGAAGCGCCGGGACCAGUUCAAUGUUCUCAUCAAAGAGCUCAGCUCCAUGCUGCCUGGCAACACGCGGAAGAUGGACAAGACCACGGUGCUGGAGAAGGUCAUCGGGUUCCUGCAGAAACACAAUGAAGUCUCAGCGCAAACGGAAAUCUGUGACAUUCAGCAGGACUGGAAGCCUUCAUUCCUCAGUAAUGAAGAAUUCACCCAGCUGAUGUUGGAGGCGUUAGACGGCUUCAUCAUUGCUGUGACGACGGACGGCAGCAUCCUGUACGUUUCUGACAGCAUCACGCCUCUCCUCGGGCAUUUACCGUCGGAUGUCACGGAUCAGAAUUUGUUACGUUUCCUUCCAGAACAAGAACACUCAGAAGUCUACAAAAUGCUUUCUUCCCAUAUGCUUGUGACGGACUCCCCCUCCCCAGAACACUUAAAAUCUGACAACGAUUUAGAGUUUUAUUGCCAUCUUCUCAGAGGCAGCUUGAACCCAAAGGAAUUUCCAACUUAUGAAUACAUAAAAUUUGUAGGAAAUUUUCGCUCCUACAACAAUGCGCCCAGCCCCUCCUGUAACGGCUUUGACAGCGCCCUUUCGAGGCCCUGCCGAAUGCCCCUGGGAAAGGAGGUCUGCUUCAUUGCCACCGUUCGCCUGGCAACACCACAAUUCUUAAAGGAAAUGUGCAUCGUUGACAAACCUUUAGAGGAAUUCACUUCAAGACAUAGCUUGGAAUGGAAAUUUUUAUUUCUGGAUCACAGAGCUCCUCCCAUCAUAGGAUACCUGCCUUUUGAAGUUCUGGGAACCUCGGGCUACGAUUACUACCACGUGGAUGAUCUGGAGCUCCUGGCCAGGUGCCACCAACACCUGAUGCAGUUUGGCAAAGGGAAGUCGUGUUGCUACCGGUUUCUGACGAAAGGCCAGCAGUGGAUUUGGCUGCAGACUCACUACUACAUCACCUACCACCAGUGGAACUCCAAGCCCGAGUUCAUCGUGUGCACGCACUCCGUGGUCAGUUACGCGGAGGUCCGGGUGGAAAGAAGGCAAGAGCUGGCCCUGGAGGACCCGCUUCUGGAGACCGUCCACCCUUCGGCACUGAAGCACAAGGGCUCCAGCCUGGAAGCUCAGCAGCACUUCAGUGUACUCGACGUGGGCACCUCGGGCCUUAACACCAGCCACUCACCCUCGGCGUCCUCAAGAAGCUCCCACAAGUCCUCGCGCACGGCCGUGUCCGAACCCACCUCUACUCCAGGCAAGCUGAGGGCAGAGGCCGGCACCACGGCUUUGCCAAGAUCGGCCCAAGAGCUCCCCGCGCUAGGGCUCAGCCAGGCAGCCACGAUGCCGGCUCCCCUGCCCGCCCCGGCGUCCUGUGACAUCACACAGCAGCUCCUGCCUCAGACCAUCUUGCAAAGCCCACCUGCCCCCGUGACACAGUUUUCAGCACAGCUCAGCAUGUUCCAGACCAUCAAAGACCAGCUGGAGCAGAGGACGAGGGUCCUGCAAGCCAACAUCCGGUGGCAGCAGGAGGAGCUCCACAAGAUCCAGGAGCAGCUCUGCCUGGUCCAGGACUCCAACGUCCAGAUGUUUCUGCAGCAGCCAGAUGUAUCCUUGAGCUUCAGCAGUGCCCAGCGGCCCGAGGCUCAGCAGCAACUGCAGCAGAGGUCGGGCCCAGGCCCCCAGCCCCAGCUCGUGGCCAGCCCUCAGCUUCUGGGGCAGAUGGCCUCUGCCCAGGUCACAAGCCAGCACCUGCUCAGAGACUCGAGUGUGAUAUCAACCCAGGGUCCAAAACCAUUGAGGAGCCCGCAGAUGAUGCAGGGGAACAGCCUGACGCCCCAGUUCAGCAGCACCUCCGCUGUGCUCCCACCGGCUCUGAGCCUGACCACGCCUGCUUCCGCCUCCCAGGAGGCCAGCCAGGGCCAGCCCAGCCCGGACUUCAGCCACGAUCGGCAGCUCAGGCUGCUGCUGAGUCAGCCCAUCCAGCCCAUGAUGCCCGGGCCCUGCGACGCGAGGCGGCCCUCAGAGGUCGGCAGGCCUGGACGGCAAGUCAGGUAUCCACAGAGCCAGGCCGUGUGUCCAAACCCAGACGUGCACACCACCACCAGCAGCACCUCGACCCCUGUCCUGCUGAUGGGGCUUCACCCCCACUUCCCCACCUCCCAGCCGUCGCCGCUGAAGCCCGCGCAGACCCAGCAGCAACCUCCGUGCUUCCUGCAGGCGCAGGCACCAACCUCUUUGCACAGUGAGCCGCAGGACUCGCUCCUUCUCUCCACCUACCCGCAGCAGCCAGGGACCCUGGGCUACCCACCUCCCGCACCCUCGCGCCCUCCCCGAAGGGUCAGCAGCCUGUCUGAGUCCUCAGGCCUCCAGCAGCUACCCCGGUAGUGCCCUGGCGCCUCAGUUGGGUCACAUCAGCUUUAACCAAUGGACGGUCGAGGGGGGAUGGCCAGGGAGUCGGGGAGAAGAGUUUAAAGGACACCCCGGCUUUCGUGCGCACCGCAUCCGUUUCAGAGCUCCUGAACGGUGACAACGUCUGAGCACAGCGGCCGGCCCCUGGAAGUGGGCAGGGACACUGGCCGCGUUUCCCUGUCCCUGCACUUCACGGCCCCAGUCUACAGCCAUACCUGGAAGGGACCGCGGUCCCCACGGGAGUGCAUCGCUUAAUUCACCUUAGUGAUGGCUCAUCUCGCUGCAUCCUGCCCCGCCCCCCGGGGCGCGCCGCCGCCGCUCACCGCUGCCGCCCGUGCGCACGUGCUCAUUGGCCUGCGCUCUCUCGACUCUCUUUCCUCUUGCAUUGCAGAAGCACCGGGUCAGGGAUUUGUUGAAGAGAGAGAAUAAAGAGAUUAUUUUUUCUUUAUUUUUAGAUGAUUGCUUCUGUUUUAAUUUGCACAGCUGCACAAGGAGAUAACUUAGGCACCUUCCUUUCUUAAAAA